AUGGCUAACCACCUGGAGCUUCUCAAUGAGCUGCAGCAGCUAGACAAGGUGCCUAGCCUGGAGCGCCUGAGGGCGGCCCAGAAGCGCCGCAUACAGCAGUUGAAGAGAUGGGCCGUAUACGAGAAGGAGAUGCAGAACAAGAAACGCAAGGCGGAAAAGAGAAGGAACGCUAAUCAUGCCACCGCUAUGGAGGCUAAACGUCACGUAUCGUUUGCUGCUAGUGUGGCGCUGCUAGAGGCCUCGGCACGGAAUGAUCCUGAAGAAGUACGUUACCUGUUGAAGAACAAUGUCAGUCCAGACCUGUGCAACGAGGACGGUCUCACUGCUCUGCACCAGUGCUGUAUUGACAACUAUGAGGAGAUGGUGAAGAUCAUGUUGAAUCGUGGAGCCAGUGUAAACGCCAAGGACAAUGAACUGUGGACGCCGCUACACGCUGCUGCCACCUGUGGACAUGCAGGAUUGGUCAAGGUCCUCAUACAACAUGGAGCGGAUCUGUUAGCGGUGAACUCUGACGGCAACAUGCCCUAUGACCUGUGUGAAGAUGACCCCACACUGGACAUCAUCGAGACCGCCAUGGCCAACAGAGGCAUCACUCAGGAGAUGAUCAAUGAGACCCGGGCGUCUGUAGAGAGGAGGAUGAUGGGAGAUAUCCAGAAGCUGCUGACGGAGGGAGAGGACGUCAACCACCAUGAUUCACAGGGAGCUACUCUGCUCCACAUUGCAGCAGCCAAUGGUUACGUCCAGGCCGCUGAGCUGCUGCUGGAGGGAGGGGCCAGGAUGGACCUGAGAGACACUGACGGAUGGCAGCCGCUCCACGCUGCAGCCUGCUGGGGUCAGAUGCAUGUAGCAGAGCUGCUGGUUUCUCACGGUGCCAGUCUCAAUGCCAAGACCUUCCUAGAGGAGACUCCCAUUGACCUGUGUGAGGACGAGGAGUUCCGAGCCAACCUGCUGGACCUGAAACACAAACACGACAUCAUCAUGAAGUCUCAGCUUAAACACAAGACCUCGCUGUGUAGGAGGACAUCCAGCGCAGGCAGCCGUGGGAAAGUGGUGCGGAGGGCAAGCCUGUCUGACAGACACAACCUUCGUGUGAAGGAAUACGAGACUGAGGCCAUCGUGUGGAGAGGUGGGAGGGAAGGAGGGAGGGAGGAGCAGGAGAAGGAGACGGACCAGGAGAACAGCCAUCCCAUCAAUACAACUGUUACUACGCCAGUAGUGGAGAGACCCAAACUACAGAAGACCUUGAAAGAUGCUCCUAGCGGCAUCAUCAAACAAAAUGGCAUCGUCUCCACGACGACGUCCACGCCCACUCCCAGUCAGCUGCCGCCAACCAAUGACGAGCCUCCAUCCCCUGACACGAAGAGCGCGUCAUCCGAUCAGCUCCCAGAGGACUCCUCCUCCUCCUUGCCCAGAGAGCGCUCUCAGACCCUGUCGGAACUGAAAAAGCAGAGGUCGGCCGCCAAGCUCCUCAACAGUCACCUAGGAAACGGCUCCACAGAAUCCCCCGAACCCCAGAGCCCUGUGGACUCCCGUAUGCCCCUCGUCUCGUCCAAUGGCAGUACAGUAUACUACACCCCGGCAAGCGGUGACCCGCCCAUUCUCAAACUCAAACAGCCAAUAGAUGAUGAGGAACCAAAGGAGGGCAGCUGCUGCUGUGUCUCCUAGGGAGGAGGUGGAGGUCACCCCAUGACACUGAUCUAAGGUCAGGCUUACUGUGUUUUCCUCCAAUGGAUUAAGGUUAGGGUUCGGGGAGGGAAAGCUGAUCCUAGAUCUGUGCCUAAGGGAAACUUCUUCCCGGAUAGAGCGUGUCAGAGCAGGAUGGUCUUGUGACUGUGGAGCAGGAAGCAGGAAGAGAUUAAACAGAGGGAGACCAAAAGGUGGAGCUGGUCCAGCCAGGUGAUUGGUUCCUGUCCCUCCCCACUGUUUAACCCUCCAGGCCAGGCCAGUAUGGAGCAUACCCUUACUCUGGAAAAUGACCGUCCUGAUAGGACGUGAGGAAUCCAGGCCAGAUCAAUUGUGGAGGAGCCACUGUGAUAGCUUGUGGUUGAUGCAGAGGGCCAGGAGGUGGAACAAGAUGGCCCCUAGCCCCUACGAGAAGGAAGGUCUUGUGCCCAAUAAAGGAAUAGAUGGCCAGGCAGUGUGCUCUCCCAUGUUAACCAUAUCUGGUGUCUUACAACUUUUGACUGAAUCACUGUUUUCAAACCACAUUCCUCCUUGUAUCCACUGUUUCUGAAAGUGUAUGAGGGGGAAAAACAUGGCAAAGAUCCGCUCCACCAUAUCAGAAUACACUCUCAGUAAUAAUUAGUGUACCUGUGUUGGUCCACUGAGUAGCAACAGGGAAGGGUCGUCUUUCCUAAGAAGUAUUCUCGUUCAAAUGCUGACUAUUUCAGCAAAGGGAAGGAAUGGUUAAUAACGUAACAGAACAGUAUUACUGACUGUCUAACAUCUAUCUGUUCCUGUGAAGGAUGAAAGGAUUACUGCACUAAAGACAUUUGAAACAAUGCGCCAUUGAGCUCUGUCUUCUCUUGCUGACCGUCCGUAUCCAAACUGACAGUGAUCAACGUGGUAGAAAGGGGGGUUCAUAUUCCCCAUGUCUUAUUUGUUUGUAAUUUAAGAAAAAAAUAUUGUUUGAAAAUGUGUACAGUUUUUGUUGCUGUUUAUUUAUGAAGAUUAAUGUAAUGUAUAAAGGCUAUGGUUAUACAGUGUUUUAAUUCUAUUGGUCUAUCUAUGGAGAGUGAAUGCAUUAGAAUGAGCUGGUACAUUUACAGUAUGUCUAUACUUUCCUGUGAUCCCAGAUCUGGUUGUACUGUCUUGCCAACGUCAUCGGUGUCACUGUCAUGGAGUUGGCACAAACAGAUCUGGGAUCAGGCUAGAAGCACUUCACCUUUUUAGAAUGUAAAUGUCCCCUGUGGAGUCAACAAGGUUAUUAAUCCAGUCAUCUGUAGCUUGUGUUUUAGUCAGGCACUGCAUCUGUUCAUCCUCACCCGUACCUGGCUAGCUUGUAUAAGGGUGCACCAACAUACUAUUGGAAUAUAAGCAUUUCACUACACUCGCAAUAACAUCUGCUAAUCAUGUAUAUGUGACCAAUAACAUUUGAUUUGAUAUCUUAUUUGUAUUUGACAUGGUCAGUACAACACACACAGUAGAUACAGUGUUGUCUAGGGAACUGAGGAGUGUGUACAGUGUGUUUAAAUCACCAUUGUAUUGUCACAGACACUGUAACUGUCUCUAACACAAGUGUUCAUUAAUAUGAAAUAAAAUAGUGUAAUGUAUUAAGUAUGAUAUUGAUUCACCCAGCCUCAGACAGUGCUUGAAAAUUAAGAGACUUAAACCCACUACACUAUAACAAUUACACUAGCAAAUAGUCAACUCUUAUCACCACUAACUCAGACAAUGUGUGUGGUAUUGUAGUGUACAAACAUUACGACUACUACAUCUACCAUUCUAGAAUGUGUGUCUGUGUUCUACCUUCUAAACAAUGCUAAACACCUCCACAAUGGGACACAACUAGUAGCCUGGGUGACGGUCUGUUCCUGCUCUUGUCAACUCCUUAUGGAAUUAUCCGGUCAGGACAAUGAGUGACAAUAAGUUGGUAAGGUAGCAAAAAAAACGAUUUGGAACCAGGCUAAAGGAGCAGCUAGUAUAGGAGGAAGUAGUUGAGGAGGCUGAUUCAGUUGUUGUUGUUCUUUAACCUGUGGCUAUAUUAUAGAGUAAGGGCCUACAGUAGUGGCAGACAACUGCUACCCCUCCAGUCUGCAGUAGUAGUAGCACCACAAAACCUCUCCUCUCCCGACAGCGUCCCUAAUGGUCCUAAAUAGUC